GCCUGCCAAGGCCUCCGUCCCUUGGCUCUCGCUCCCAUGGCCGCGGCGAGGAGCAGCGACCAGAGCCUCGCGGUCGGGGCCGCGUCGGCAAAGGCCGAGUCGCCGCCGCCGAUCGCCGAGCCGAGCAGCUCGCGGCUGGGCCGCCGGCUGCAGCACGUCCGCCAGGCCGCCACGCGCUCCACCAGAGCGCGCGCCACAGCGCGCGCCACGCUCUGCUGCGCCUGCCGAACGUGCGCCGGCGUCCGCGACAUGCUCACCAGGGAGGCCACGCUCGAACUCGCCGCGGCGGUCAUCUUUGGAGAGGCGUUCUGGGAGCUCAUCAAGUCGCUCUCGGCCGACGCCGUGGCGCCCCUCUUCAACUCGCUCCCCGGCCUCACCACGUGCUGCUGGCGGCUCGACCUCGGCGCCGGCUUUGUGCUCCUUGUGCACGGCGACAACUGGCAGGACGGCGUGGGCUACUCGUCUGCCGCAGAGGCCGACCUGGACGGCGCCAUCGUCAUCAAGUACCGCCUCCUCUGGGAGGCGGUCCUCUCCUUCAUCAUCGUCAUGGUGACCACGUACUGGCUCUUCUUCUGGCUCCGCAAGUCGGCGCGCAAGGCCAAGGCGGAGCGGCUCGCCGAGAGGCUGGCCAAGCGGCUCGCCGAGCGAGGCUCGUCGUCCGCGGCGGCGGGCGCCUCGCCGCCGCACUCGUUGCCGCGGCAGCGAGGGAGAGGCCCGCUCGGCCGAGCGGAGGCUGGCGACGCUCUCGCGGCGAUGCUUUGGACGGCGGGCGGCGGGCGGGCGGUCGCCGAGGUGCAGGGCGAGGGGCUCCCAGAGCGGCUGGCCAGCGCCGACCCUCCUCUCGCGGUACACGAGGCACUGACAGUGCUCCUCCAGCAUGGCUUUGCCGUCGCGGCGGCCGCGCCGCUGCCGACGGGCGAGAUGCUCUACACUCUGUGUCGGCAAGGGGGCGCGAGGGCGGGGCAGCCGGCCGACGACGACGACGAGCAGCAGAGUUUGCUGCAUCUGUAGAAGCACAUCGUGAACGUUAGUCCUGACGGCCGUCUCGCCAGACGACUACAAUGCGUCAGAGGUACGCGAGUACCAGUACGUCAGUACAUAGCCGGACAGUCGCAAGUUGGUGUCACCCACGGCGGCGCUCAGGCGCUCCCUAACCGUAAAGCCGCGUUAUGGCGAUGUUGUACAAUAGAGAUUAGAGUCCUCCG